UUCUCUCGUGGCGCCAGAAACUGUUGUGCUGUUCGAAUUCAAGGAAUAAUUUAGAUUAUUUUAAAAGUUUCGGCAAAUUUUUCGUUUGCAUGUCGCUCUAAUUGCACAUAAGAAAUAAUUUUAGUGUUUUAGAAGUUGUUUUAGAAUAGUUUUGCAAACGAUCGAGUGCUCGUGUGAAAGCCUUAACCUUCGCUCAUGCUGGGAAUAAUCUCGCAAUGAAACGAGCUCAACCUUCUUUUUUGCAUGCUAGAGAGAACAGCGUUGACCGGCGAAUGCGGCCGCGGCCAAACACGCGCGUCAACCUGGAAUCGCUGAUGUCGAACGAAAGCAGCCGCACUUCGUCCUCGCGGUCCUCUUCGCCGUCCAACCGGAGCCCGUCGCCGGUGCAAUCCGAGUACAUUCCUCCGGAGGCGGUGAAGGAGGAGAGCACCGUUAAGGUGUGCCUCCGGUUGCGGCCAAACUUGAAGAACAAUCCGGUGCGGCUGGCGUUUCGGAUUCAGGACAACACGCUGCUGGCCAGAGGUUCGGACGAUAAUUCUACCGAGCGCCAGUACACCUUCAGCGACAUCUUCAACGAUUCGGUGUCUCAGGCUCAGGUCUACGAGAGCUGUAUCAGACCGUCGAUCUCGAAUAUUACGGGGGAUCGUGGCGCAACCUUUCUCACGUAUGGAACUUCUGGAUCUGGUAAAACGUACACCUUGCUGGGCACCAACAACAGUCCCGGAAUUGUCCCGCGAGCCAUCGAGCAGGUCUUUGUGGAGAACUCGAACCUUAUUUCACCGCAGCCAAAUUUAAAAAUUGAUAAAACCACGAUCCAAACCUUGGACGAUGAAAGCGUGCGUGAUGAAAUCAACAAGGUUCAAGCGAUGAAACGGAUCCUGCAGAACCGCGACAACAGCCACGUGAGGAUGAAGUCGAUUAUACAGAAGGAGCAUGCGUUCCACCCGAAGGAAGAUCCCGACCUGCGUGUGUUUAUUUGGGUUUCCUUCGUUGAAAUUUACAACGAGAAUGUGUACGAUUUGCUGGCGCACGAUUCUAUCUUUGGCAAGCGUAAACCGAUGAAGAUUUUGUCCAACGAAGGCAACGCCUACAUCAAGGAUCUGUCGUGCGUGUACGCCGGAAGCAGCGAAGACGCGUACAACAUUCUUCAGUUUGGAAUCCAGAGCGCAACGUACGGAUCAACCGACGUCAACAGCAACUCCAGCCGCUCGCACAGUAUUUUCUCGAUGACGGUCGUCUCAUUCUCGGUCGUCGACCAGCAAAUCAACUAUUCCGUCUACAAGUUCUGUGAUCUCGCCGGCUCCGAACGACUCAAGAAAACCGGAACCGUUGGCGAUCGGCUGAAGGAAGCUCAAAAAAUCAACACUUCGCUGCUGGUGCUUGGUCGCUGUCUCGAAACGGUGUACAAAAAUCAAAAGUCGAAAAAACUGGCCGAAAUCGUCCCCGUGCGCGACUCCAAGCUGACCAUGCUGAUUCAGUCCGCCCUGCUGGGCAAGGAAAAGUUCACGAUGAUCGUUAACCUGUAUCCGACGGAGGAGUACUACGACGAGAACUUGAACGUGCUCAACUUUUCGUCGAUCGCAAAGCAAAUCGUCCUGCAGAAGAAGAUGACCCAGAAGCAUCACCGCUCAACCCGAUUCUCGUUCUUCCUGGCCCAGGCCACGAGCAGUCCGUCCGCACGCAUCGAUGGCAACCGUUUAAUGAUGGAGGUUGAAAGACUGAAGCAGGAGCUCGAGCACGAGGCGACGGUUUAUCGCGAGCAGCUUAACGAAAAGGAGCUGGAAAAUCAAUUUCUUCGCCAGGAGUUACUGCGGCAAGAGUUGCAGCUGCGUAACGAACUCACCGACGACUUUGAGUCAUACUGCGUGCAGCGCGAAGCGACCUUCCAAACCCGCCUGAAGCAAGCGCAGGAAGCGGCCGCGCUGCCGUACAAAUCGCAGAUUGCAACGUUAAACACCAAGGUUGAAAAGCUCCGGGAAACCAUUAUGGAUAUGGAGUACGAGGAGGAAGAGUACGAAAAGAAGCUGGCCGCGUACCAGGACGAGCUGCGUAAAUACCGGGAUAAGGAGAGGCGCUUCAGAAGGUUGUCUCUGUGAGAGUCGUCGUGUAUUUGGUUUGAUUUUGUGGCGUCUAGUUUAGUGUUUCUACUUGUUUCAUAAUAAACCAAUCGUCUGUAAGUUUUAAA